AUGCUUGUUGACGCUCUGCUCAUGCACUUCCCAUCCGUCUUCAAGCAGCAGUGGAUCCACUUCCCGACCCGUGACGACCUCGACGAGAUGGCGGAGGAGUUCCGCGCCAUCAAAGGAGUACCUGCUGUAGUGGGGGCUAUAGACGGCACACACGUGCACAUGAAGGGGAUGGAGGGGCACAGGCAGGAGUACUACACGCGCAAGUCAUGCUACGCCGUCCAGCUGCAGCUCACAUGCGACGCGCGCUGCCUAAUGGAUGACUGGGAGCAGUGCUUUACUGCCAAAGCGCAACGCGCAUGGCAGUAG